AGUCAUACGGGGAUAAUGACACCGACCCAGCUCCUGGGGGUUGGGGCUGGAUUCAUUCCAGCCUAUACAGCACCUCUGAGGGAGGUGCUAGGAAAGGGCAGGACAUAAGUAACCAACAGACACUAAUGGGAUGCACCAUGUGAUUCUCUUUCUGUCCCUAGCGCAUGUGACUGUGGACCCCAACACAGCCAAUGCCUACCUGCUCCUGUCCCGGGAUCAGCGGAGCGUGAGGGUGGGCAACAAGAGGCGGGACGUCCCCAGUAACCCCAAGCGGUUUGACACGUGCACCUGCAUCCUGGCCCGGCAGCGGUUCACAGCCGGGAUGCACUACUGGGAGGUGGAAGUGGGGGACAAGCCAUGUUGGACACUGGGGGUCUGUGAGGAGUGUGUGAGCAGGCAGGGAAUAUUCACGCCCUCACCAGCGACUGGUUUCGGGACGGUGUGGCUGCACAAUGGGGAUGAGUAUGCAGCGCUCACUUCCCCCCUGCCCGAGCUUAUGCUGAGAGUGAAGCCUCGGCAGAUUGGCAUCCUCCUGGACUUUGAGGCCGGAGAGGUGUCCUUCUACAAC